CCGGGUAAGAUGUAGCAGACAGGAUUUCCAUUUCACUUGAGGAGAAUCGCCGCCCCUCGUUUUACUGCCCACGCUCAGAGAAUGCGGCGCUGCCUAUAAAAGCCCUUUUUUGCCCUUAAUCCCCACCAAUGUCAACAGUACUUUGUUUUUGUUUUUGUUUUCUUUUUGAUCUCAACUGCUGCCAGUACACCUUGCCCUAUUUAUUGCUGCUCCCUGCUAACACGCUUUCUUUUUGCUUUCUCUUCUCUUUCUCUCUUUCCUCUAUUCUCAUUCUAUUUGACUUGACUCUGCCGCUGUCGCUUACACACUUCAGGCCGCAUUUCUCUCUCACUUCUCAUCUCAUCUCGACUGAACACUCAUCUUCUCAAAAGGCAGCCCAAACCACCCAUGUUGCAAGACCGCCGCCCAUCGUUCACCCGCCACAACUCGCAGGACAUGCGCUCAUCCAGCACUCCCGGAGGUGUGGAGCAUGCUGUGCGCGUCGAACUCGACGAUAUGAUCAGCCAGAUGCCUGUCGGCCCCGAGAAGGACAAGUUCUGCAAGGAGAUGGACGACUUUUACCGCCUGUUCACGCGCUAUCUUCACGAGAAGAAGCAUAGUAAGCCACUCGACUGGGAGAAGGUCCGUGGUCCCAAGCCCGAAGACGUCAUCGCAUACAAGGAUCUCGAGCAGAAGGAUCUCAAGGGCGUCGCCCCACUUCUCAGCAAGUUGGCUGUCCUUAAGCUCAACGGUGGGCUCGGCACCACCAUGGGGUGUGUUGGCCCCAAGAGUGCCAUCGAGCAGAUCGAAUACCUGAACCAGGUUUCGGGCGCUGAUGUGCCGCUGAUUCUGAUGAACUCUUUCAACACCGACGAGGACACCAGCAAGAUCGUGCAAAAGUACAAUAACCAUAACGUGAGCAUCUGCACCUUCAACCAGAGCCGCUAUCCGCGCUUCAAAACCGACUCAACUGCCGCUGGCGCGCACGCCCGACAACAAGCCUGGCUUCUGGUAUCCCCCGGUCACGGCGAUCUGUAUGAGUCGUUUGCCAACUCGGGCCUUCUGGACCAGCUCCUUGCCGAAGGCAAGGAAUGGGUGUUUGUGUCAAACGUCGACAACCUGGGUGCCACUGUCGACCCCGCCAUCCUCCAGCACAUGUCCGACACGGGCGCUGAGUUUGUCAUGGAGGUCACUGACAAGACCAAGGCCGAUAUCAAGGGUGGAACCAUCAUCGACUAUGAUGGCCAAAUCCGUCUUUUGGAGAUUGCCCAGGUGCCCAAGGCCCAUGUCGACGACUUUAAGCGCGUCAAGAAGUUUAAGAUCUUCAACACCAACAACCUGUGGAUCAGCCUCAAGGCCAUCAAGCGCCUGGUCGGCACGCAGCGGUUUGAUCUCGAUCUGAUUCUCAACCACAAGACCACUGACGACGGGACUGCCAUCAUCCAGCUGGAGACCGCCGUCGGCGCCGCCAUCAAGCACUUUUCGGGGGCCCACGGUGUCAAUGUGCCUCGCUCACGCUUCCUGCCCGUCAAGUCGACCUCGGACCUGUUCCUGGUCACUUCAGACCUGUAUCUACUCGAGAACGGCCAGCUGUGCAUGAACCCCAAGCGUACUUUCAAGACAGUGCCUGUGGUCAAGCUGGGUGACCACUUCAAAAAGAUCCUUGAGCUCGACCACCUCACGGUCACCGGCGACGUAUGCUUCAGCUCCGACGUCACCCUGGAGGGCACGGUUAUUAUCGUUGCCAAUUACGGCGCCCACAUCGAUAUCCCUCGCGGCGCAAUUCUCAACGACAAGGUUGUCUCUGGAGAUUUGCGCCUUCUUGACCAUUAGUGUCGCGUUGGGCACGGGCAGCGGGGCAGGCAGAUACAACGAGGGCUUUGUGUUUCGACCCGAUCCUAUAUAUUUCUAGUUUUUCCUCCUUUGAUAUACAAAACAUCACUCACCCCACCUCCACCUUGCAAAUAAACAGGUAGAGCAAAGCAAAG